AGUCGAGCGUCUGCAGUUUGUUUGACUGCUGUGUGUUUAUUAUACGCCUUCGCGUAGCUUUCUGAUUCAGUUACGUACAAAACUUGGAGGCAAACGGUUCGCAAUAGCGGCUGAACAAAAGCGAGUGAAGCAAAGAAAAAGUUUAUUUUUGAAAAAGCAAAAGUUUAUUUUUGAAAAAAAAAAAUUAUAAUUUUUGAAAGUAGAAUUGAAAGUGCAGAAGUAUUGUAAAAACUGUGUAGUUGUAGUGAAUUGAAAAAAGAAACAAAACAACUCUUGAAAGUGAUUUGAAAAUUUUUGAAAAGAAAAAAGUGAAGAAAGUUAAAAAAUUCAAAAAAAAACUGAAAAAAAUAUUAAAUUAUAAAUAAUAUGAGUUUUUGAAAAAUAUAACAGAAAAGGUGCUGAAGAACGUCUCACAAAUCCACUAGUAAAUCAAAUUCCCUUAUCUAAUAAAAAAAGCCCGCACAAUCAGUGCAGAAUGUCCGCGGCUACCACAUACACACGCUUGCGCAACUUGGGCCCGAGCACGAGCAACAAAAUGGCACCCAACACCGCAUUAUUUUUCGAUAAAAAAUCCAGCAAUAACGAUGCCACAUACACAUUGAAAGUCGGCGCUGGCGCACGCCACAACGGCACAACCAAUGGUAAAACCACUGGCAGUCACAGCGUCGGCUCCAGCGAAUCCUCAGAUCCGCUAGAAUCCGAUUGCAGUGAAGAAGAGGAGGAGGAGGAGGCGCCACAACGUGUGGUGGACGUUGAAGCGCGACGAAAAGCGCGCACAAAUAACGGCGUGCACGAGGCGGAAGAUGACGACGAAGAGGAAGAUGAUGAUGAUGAGGAGCUCGACGAGGAAGACGACGAUCCCGAAGAGGAGGAAGAAGAUGAGCCCGAUGAGGAAGACGACGGUAAUGAGACUGACGAUGAGGGCGAUGAUGAUGAGACAGAUGACAGCAGCAGCGUGGAAACCGCGAAAGGUGUACGCAAAUAUCAUCUGGAUGAUUUUCAAAUAAUCAAGACUGUGGGUACUGGCACAUUUGGUCGCGUUUGUUUAUGCCGCGAUCGCGUGUCGGAGAAAUACUGUGCCAUGAAAUUGUUGGCAAUGACCGAUGUGAUACGCUUAAAGCAAACCGAGCAUGUGAAGAAUGAGCGAAAUAUUUUGCGUGAGAUUCGACAUCCAUUUGUGAUCAGUUUAGAAUGGUCGACAAAGGACGACUGCUGUUUGUACAUGAUCUUCGAGUAUGUAUGUGGUGGUGAAUUGUUCACAUAUCUGCGAAAUGCGGGACGCUUCAACAGUCAAACUUCCAAUUUCUACGCUGCUGAAAUCGUCUCCGCCUUAGAAUACUUGCAUUCGCUGCAAAUUGUUUACCGCGAUCUGAAGCCGGAGAAUUUGCUGAUAAAUCGCGACGGCCAUUUGAAGAUUACAGAUUUUGGCUUCGCCAAGAAAUUGCGCGAUCGCACUUGGACGCUGUGCGGCACCCCCGAAUACUUGGCACCCGAAAUCAUACAGUCGAAGGGUCACAAUAAGGCGGUGGACUGGUGGGCGUUAGGUGUGCUCAUUUAUGAGAUGCUCGUGGGCUAUCCGCCGUUUUACGACGAGAAUCCAUUUGGUAUUUAUGAGAAAAUUCUGAGUGGCAAAAUCGAAUGGCCGCGGCAUAUGGAUCCAAUUGCGAAAGACUUAGUUAAGAAAUUGCUGACAAAUGAUCGCACCAAGCGCUUGGGCAAUAUGAAGAACGGUGCCGAUGACGUGAAGCGACAUCGAUGGUUUAAAAAUUUGAAUUGGAAUGACGUCUACAACAAAAAACUAAAGCCACCAAUAAUUCCCGAAGUCAGCUCCGAUGGUGACACGAGCAAUUUCGACGAUUAUCCCGAGAAGGAUUGGAAACCCGCCAGAGCAGUAGACCAAAGAGAUUUGCAGUUGUUUAAUGAUUUCUAAAAUAUAUCUAGUUGCUUAAGUUUUGUAGUCUGUAUUUAUUUAUUACCUACCUACUAAUGAUAAUUAAAUUAAUUAAAUAAAAUAAUGAAAUAUAAAAAUAAAUUAGCAUAAAAAUAUGAAACACA